AAAAACAUUUGUUUUCAGACACUGGAGAGCAGGCACUGUUACGGCUGUGAUUUUACAACCGCUCCUACAUGCUGGGGGCAGUCUCCAGAUGCAUCUCAGGGUGGGUCGUCAGUGCUUUCAGACUCAGCAAAAUCUACAUUUAUUUACGUAGUUAAAAUUACUGUUGCUAUGGGUAAAUUCACAGAAGUAAAGCCCAGAGAAUCCGGUUGGCUGGCAGGGAGCGGCGGAACCAAUCCCGGGCUCAGCAAGUUCUCGCGAUACCGUGAGAUCUGCAUCCCUGACGACACCGCCGCGGAGAUGUUAGUGAGACUGGCGGGUGGGCGGUGCGAGCGGCGGUUAGCUCCGAGCUCGGCUUCUCUGAGGAAAACGGGCGUUCACCUGCGGUUGGUCCGACUGUUACCAACAUGAGCGGCGUCGAUGGGGUCGAGAGGACCCCUCCCCUCCAAACCCACAGCAUCAUUAUUUCUGACCACGUCCCGAGCGACCCGGACGCACACCAGUGCCUGAAGCUCCGCGACCAAAGCGAGGCGACCCAGGUGAUGGCGGAGCCGGGUGAGGGAGGCUGGGAGACCAUCGCGCUCCCGCCUCCACAGCCUUCAGAGGAGGGGGGCGUACCUCAGGAUCCCGCGGGCCGUGGCAGUACUCCCCAGAUCCGAGUUAUUGGGGGUCGCGGUCAUGUGGCGAUCAAAGCCGGGCAGGAAGAGGGCCAGCCUCCCGCUGAGGGCCUGGCAGCCGCUUCUGUGGUGGUGGUGGCAGUGGACCGCAGCUUGAAAAAGGGCGUUCAGGGUGGAGAGAAGGCCCUAGAAAUCUGUGGCGCCGAGAGAUCCGCGUCUGAGCUGCCGGCGGGGGCGGGGGCCGAGAACGACACCGAGGAGGUGAAGACAGGAAAGUGCGCCACUGUCUCAGCAGCCGUGGCUGAGGGGGAGAGCGCUGAGGUGGUGGUGAAGGAAGGCCUGGCGGAGAAGGAGGUAGUGGAGGAGCAGAUGGAGGUAGAGGAGCAGCUGCCGGAAGGUGAAGAAAUAGAAGUGGCGGAGGAAGAUAGAGUGGAGGAGGAGGCGAGGGAGGAGGACGGGCCCUGGCCUCUGCAUGAGGCUCUCCGCAUGGACCCUCUGGAGGCCAUCCAGCUGGAACUGGACACUGUGAAUGCUCAGGCCGACAGGGCCUUCCAACAGCUGGAGCACAAGUUUGGGCGGAUGCGUCGACACUACCUGGAGCGGAGGAACUACAUCAUUCAGAAUAUCCCGGGCUUCUGGAUGACGGCUUUUCGAAACCAUCCCCAGUUGUCCGCCAUGAUUAGGGGCCAAGAUGCAGAGAUGUUAAGGUACAUAACCAAUUUAGAGGUGAAGGAACUCAGACACCCUAGAACCGGCUGCAAGUUCAAGUUCUUCUUUAGAAGAAACCCCUACUUCAGAAACAAGCUGAUUGUCAAGGAAUAUGAGGUAAGAUCCUCCGGCCGAGUGGUGUCUCUUUCUACUCCAAUUAUAUGGCGCAGGGGGCAUGAACCCCAGUCCUUCAUUCGCAGAAACCAAGACCUCAUCUGCAGCUUCUUCACCUGGUUUUCAGACCACAGCCUUCCAGAGUCCGACAAAAUUGCUGAGAUUAUUAAAGAGGAUCUGUGGCCAAAUCCACUGCAAUACUACCUGUUGCGUGAAGGAGUCCGUAGAGCCAGACGUCGCCCACUAAGGGAGCCAGUAGAGAUCCCGAGGCCCUUUGGGUUCCAGUCUGGUUAACAUUUGCCCUUGGGAAUACUCCUGCACAAGGUCUCCUACCACCUUCUGCUGGACUUGUGUUUGGGCAUCAGCAAUGGGUAUGUCUUCUACUGUGUUUUGUUUUUGCUGACUUUUCUGCACCCUCUUUCCUUUGGAUAUUCAGUUCUCUCAACCUCAAGAUUGAGACGGUGGUGGGUAUGCGUCUCCACUUCCAUAUGACCUUCAUGCUGUUCUGGAAUAUCACAUGCUACGAAGUCAUCCUUCACGCUACUUGUAAGCCAAGCAAAUGAUACUGUAGAUUGUACUGCCUUUAUCUGCACUGCUUGGACGCUGUUUAUUCCCAGGGCCUCUGAACUGGUUGCUAUCACCUGGAUUUCUACCUUUGGGAGUCUAUUCCACCUACUCAGCUCUGCAUCGUGAAGUAAGGGCACAUGCCCUGUGGACAGUUACUGGACGUUAAUGAACUCAGGAGAAAAGCAGUGAGCCGCUUGUUCUGUGUGAUUUAUGCUACUUUAUUGCUCUUCCUUCACCUCUAGUCACUUUCUAUUGCUACCUGCCCUGCAUUGGCCCCAGCCAAGGUCCCUCUCUCCCUCUUUUCCUCUGCCUUUUUUUUUUUUUUUUUUUGAGAGGGAGUCUUGCUCUGU